GAAAAUAUCAAUCCCUAAGAACUGGACGAAUUCAUCUCUGACACUGUUUCAUCACACCCUCAGUUCAACAACGCCACCAAUAAACUACACGUACCGAUCUCAUGCAAAUCCAUAGAUUCUUCGCGGUGGUGGCGGUUCAGGGUGGUGAGAGGAAGUUCAGAGGCGUGAGGAGGCGGCCGUGGGGUAAAUGGGCUGCGGAGAUUUGGGAUCCGGCGAAGAGGGUUUGGCUCUAGCUGGGGACUUACGAUACGGUGGAGGAGGCGGCGAUGGUUUAUGACAACGCCGCGAUUAAGCUCCGGGGACCCGACGCGCUGACGAAUUUCUUCAAUCCGGCUGUGAAGGGGGAAGAAACAGAGGAGGAUAAACAUCAAUCCUCCGGUUACGACUCCGGUGAUGAAUCACACAACAACAACCUCGCAUCGCCCACCUCUGUUCUCCGAUUCAGAAGCCAAUCCACUUCGGAGUCCUCCGAGCCGGAAAACAACAAGCCCAUUCCUCCGACGCCGAUUUCAAUCGAGCCGGAGGAGACGAUGUCUUUGCUUCUCGCCGAGCCGGUGGGAGAAGACGAGGCGACAGCUGGACUCCAAUUCUUGCAGGAGUGCGAGGGUGAAAACAGCGGCGGCGGCAACCUCUACUCCUGCUCCGACGACUACUUUGACCAGUACCUCCUCGCGCCGGAGCUCUCGUUUUUAGAAGACUCUUCUUCUUCGCCCUCGCCGUUUGGGAAUCGGAGGAGAACGCUCGACGGAGAAGGAGAAGAGAGCGGAGGGGAAUUGGCUUUGGGGAUCUUAUUAAAUGUUUUUUUUAUUGUAAAUUUCCAGUUUUGCCCUUAAUGAAUUAUGUUGUUACUGUAACAACAAAUAGAGUGUUGUUAUUGUAUCUUGUCCCUUUAUUAACAUGCAUCUUAGUUUCAUAAAUUUUACAUCAUUAAAAAUUUAUGUGUUGAAUUGAAACCUUUCCGAGUUUGGAGCCAUUGUAAAAUGUAUGUUAUGAAGCAAAUGAAAAGUCUCAAGCAUCCACAUGCUUGAAAAAUAAAUCUAUAUUAUCAAACAUAAAAUCAUAUCUUGCAUAAGAAAAAAGAACAAAAAAGUAGUAAUUCGAUAAUCAAUAUAGGAAUCAAUAUGGA